GGUCCAUGAUGUUUGUAACUAGGAACAAUAAUGAGGGAAAAAAUCACUACACAACACAUUCAUGAAAGUUUUCCGCGGUUUCUCGAGUUUUGAUAAAAAACGUUACAAUUCUAUAAUAUUUCACAUCGAUCAAUUUCAUGACCAAAAAGAACAAAAACCAAAACAAACGCCGUGUUGCCGAAUAUGUUGGUUACAUGAUAUUUGACAGAUAGAUCCCCCCUGAUUCUGCCGACUGCGGUUACGGUUGCGUGUUCGUCUUUAUACAGAUGAUGUGUCAAAACAAUUUUAAUUUCCAUACCGCCUAUUGAUUAGCUUCUGGGUUUUACAUUAAGUCCGUAAUUGUUAAUUUUUUUGUGUAAAUUGUAGAAGCGAUAAAUGGUGAAAUGAGAACGUGAAUGUUUAUUAUCCUUAAUUUUCUUAUGUGAAGGCUGUUUGGUUUAGUGUAUUUGAAGCCUUCAUUUGAGGUUACCACUUGUACCAACUCAUUUGAAACCAUUGCCCCGGAAAAAAUAAAUUCAAUUACCGUACUUUGCUCUUCGCAAUGGAAACAUUGUUCUUGCUUCUUGGAGCGCUUGUAAUAAUUGGUGUAGUUCACGGGGAAUUUAAGAGUCAUCCGGUAACAACACAUCUGUCAGCCAAAUGGGACCUAACUCCAGUACAACUAGAAAUCGCUGAGUUUAUUGAAGAUGAGAAUGUGAACCUUUUCUGGGAUUACGUGGAGCUAAUAAAUAAAAUACCAAAUAGUCUUUAUCAUAUAGAAACGGAGGAAAAGCGUUAUAUGAAACUAAUAGAAUUCGCAGAAUUGUUACUAGGCACUGGUCAAACUAAUUUGCUUAAGCUUGCAUUGUCUUUGCAUAGCUUUUCACCAAAAGUUCAAGCGCAUUUGCAAAUAGGAAAGGAAGCGCUUAAACAAAGUGAUUGCGACGCAACAGCCUUUGUCAGUAUUGGAGGAAAGUUGGCAUGUGAUGAAGAUGAUCUUAGAAGCAUUUUAAAAGUUGCUGACCACGAUUUGCAUAAGAUAGAAACACACAGCUUAGAUCACAUAUAUCCCGGAUCAGAAAACAACUCGCUCACUGCUAUACUAUACGGUCAACUAGGAACUACACAAUUUACAGCUUUUCAUAAUAUGCUAAAGCUGGAAGUUGAUAAAGGUAUUGUGAAAUAUGUAUUUCGACAUUUUAUGAAAAGAACAUUUAACCGUAAAAUGAGACUUUCCGGCUAUGGAGUUGAGAUGCAUUUAAAAUCCACUGAGUAUAAAAGUCAGGAUGAUUCACCCACACACCAAGUAACAAUAACGAAUGAAGAUGUUACAGAACCUGAAGUCGAAGGAUUCGAUUUUAUUAAACUUAAAGACAGAUACCCUCACCUGUCUCAUUCCUUGGAUCGUUUUCGCAAUUCGUUGUUAGAAAAGCAUGAUGAAAUAGCCCCGUUAAAAGCAUGGGAGUUUCAGGAGCUGGGUCUUCAGGCAGCACAGAGGAUUGCUCAAAUUCAGGGUGAAGAGGCUUUGCAGAUUUUACAAUUCACUGCACAAAACUUUCCGACGCAGGCAAAAACUCUAUUGUCGCAAUCAGUUUCCGAAGAAUUUAAAAAAGAAAUGAAACAUAACAUAGACCUUUUAGGUCGUAAUCUCAAUUUGCAACCACCAGACUCGGCACUAUUUUUGAAUGGGCUAUUUUUUGAUGCAGACACAAUCGAUACCCUCACUCUGCUUGAUACACUUCGUGCAGAAAUGCGCGUGCUAGAUGGACUUAACAAAAUAGGCAUUCGUGGUAAAGCGGCCACUCCGUUGUUAGCAUUGGAUCUCUCUUCUACUGCGAAAGAAUUUGCGAUAGAUAUUCGUGAUUCUGCAAUAACAUGGAUAAACGAUUUAGAAAACGACGCUCAGUAUAGAAGAUGGCCUAGUAGUGUAAUGGACCUUCUACGCCCUACGUUUCCAGGCAUGUUGAGAAAUAUCCGUAAAAACUUGUUCAAUCUUAUUCUUGUGAUCGAUCCUGUUUCAAGUGAGGACAAUAGCAGAGAUAUUGUCAAACUGGUUGAAAGUUUCGUUGUCCAUUCCGCACCCGUCCGUAUAGGAUUAAUUUUUUAUUCUGAAGAUAAUGAUUUACUAGAAUACCGAUCAUUGAUAUGUGCUUUCAAUUAUGUUCAUCAGAAAAAGGGUUCAACGGAAGCUCUAGGUUUUCUCACUGACCUUUUCGCCAGUACCCCAAAGCGAGAUAUAAAAGUCGAAGACUUGCGCAAACAGCUGAGAAAAUCUUUCGCCAAGCUGAAACUAGAUGAAAUUGAUGAAAUAAUCGGAGAAGAUUCCGACUUUGACUACGGCCGUCAACUGUCUAAAGAGUUUGUUGCUCGUUUGGGUCUCAAAUCUAUUCCACAGGCGCUACUCAACGGUGUUUUGCUGCCACAGAGCACUCUAAAUUCAGACGAUUUUGAAGAAACCAUUCUCACUGAAAUAAUGCAGCAAACUCCAACAAUACAGAAAGCAGUUUACAAGGGGGAUUUGAAUGAUGGGGAGCCAGUAAUUGAUUUUCUGAUGAAACAACCGCAUGUCAUGCCACGCUUAAAUCAACGAAUUUUAUCAGCGGAUGAACCGGUUUUCCUGGAUAUAUCAGGCAAUGCUUUUUUGAAUCUCGAAGACGUGUCAGCGUUGGCUCAACUAUCUAACACAGAUUUAACUGCAACUUUAAUGAAUAAUCUUAAAUAUUUUGGAGGAAAACAUACGUAUGAAAAGUUUAUGGGAAGUAGGUUACAUUUUAAUAGUUUUUGGGUUAUAGCAGAUUUGUCAAAACUCUCCGGUCGUAAACUAUUAAGAAAUGCUUUAGAAUUUAUGAAAUCCACCAGUGGAACACGUGUUGCUUUCAUUCCCAACGUCGAAGGUAGUAAUGCAGCAAGAUCCGAAUUACAGAGAAAUUUGAAUGCUAUUGUUUGGGCAACUCUAAAUACAUUGCCAGAGGAAGACGCUACCAAUUUAGUUUUGAAAUUGUUGGAGAAAAAUGAAGAUUUGCAAUAUACAAUUCCUGAAUCAGUUAUGGGUUUCCUACCGUCCGUCCAGCUCCACCUAAAAAUGUUGCGAGUAUACUGUCAACGUGUGCUGAAAGUCAAGGUUUCUAGAAGCUCUUUAGUAGCAAAUGGACGAGUUAUUGGACCCUUUGAUGACAACGAAUCUUUCGACGCGGAUGAUUUCGCGCUCCUAGAGAAAUUUUUUAGUUUGCAGUACACGGAAAAAAUACGGACAGCAUUAAGAGAAUCAAGCACCUACGGUGAUGACGCUAAGCUUUCUGGUGAUACCUUAUUCAAAUUAGUAUCCAUUCUGGUUCCGAGACAGCAGUCUAAAUCACGUUUUACAAUUCCUGCUGAAAUUGAAGAUAAUCAUACAGUUGUAACUCUUGCUCCAAAGUCAAAAGAUCUUCCGUACUUCGAAGUUGUAGCUGUUCUCGACCCGGCCUCAAGAGGAGCUCAAAAAUUAUCUUCAUUGCUUAUUCUGUUGCGAAAUGUUGUUAACUGUAACAUGAGAGUUAUUCUUUGUGCAAUAGACAGACACAGUGAUAUGCCAGUUAAAACAUUUUAUCGAUUCGUCGUUGAACCUGAACUACAAUUUACUGCAGACGGGAGACACUCUCCAGGGCCAUUCGCCAGGUUUGUUGGAUUGCCGGCAAACUCGUUAUUGACACAAAGCCUAAAUGUGCCUGAAAAUUGGCUUGUGGAGGUGGUUCGAUCUGUCUAUGAUCUGGACAAUAUAAAACUUUCAGAAAUCAAUGGGCCAGUUCAUAGUGAAUACGAGCUGGAGUAUCUGUUGUUAGAGGGUCAUUGCUUUGAUACCACCACCGGAUCACCACCUCGUGGAUUGCAAAUCACUUUGGGAACAGAGCAACAACCCAUUAUCGUUGACACAAUUGUCAUGGCCAAUCUAGGAUACUUCCAGCUAAAAGCAAAUCCAGGUGCGUGGAUAUUGAAACUUCGUCAUGGCAAGAGUGCAGACAUCUAUGAUAUUACUAGUGCGGACGGGACUAAUGUUAUACAUUCAAUCAAUGGGACACGAGUAAUUUUAAGUUCUUUACGAUCUCAUGUGUUGAAGUUACGAGUUACGAAGAAACCAGGCAAAGCAAACGCCGAUUUAUUGAGUGAGGAAAAAGAUUCCACUGGUGGUAUUUGGAAUUCGAUAAGUUCAAUUGUCGGAACCGGUGAUAGCCAAGACCAGGAGGUCUUGAAUAUAUUUUCGGUGGCUUCAGGUCAUCUGUAUGAGCGCUUGUUAAAGAUUAUGAUGCUCUCACUUUUAAAGCAUACCAAAACACCGGUGAAGUUCUGGUUUUUGAAAAACUAUCUCUCGCCCCAGAUAAUUGAUUUUUUGCCUCAUAUGGCUAACGAAUAUCAAUUUCAGUAUGAAUUAGUGCAGUACAAAUGGCCGCGAUGGUUGCAUCAGCAAACCGAAAAACAGCGAAUCAUUUGGGGCUACAAAAUUUUAUUUUUAGAUGUUCUUUUUCCGUUAGACGUGAAGAAAAUUAUUUUUGUCGAUGCAGACCAGAUUGUCCGUGCUGAUAUGAAGGAGUUGAACGAUUUUGAUCUUGGUGGUGCACCGUACGGAUAUACUCCGUUUUGUGAUUCACGGCAAGAAAUGGAAGGAUUUCGUUUUUGGAAGCAAGGGUAUUGGAAAAAUCAUCUGCAGGGAAGGAAAUAUCACAUCUCUGCAUUGUAUGUAGUCGAUUUGAAACGGUUUCGGAAGAUUGCAGCUGGUGAUCGGAUACGUGGUCAAUACCAAGCACUCAGUCAGGAUCCCAAUAGUCUGUCUAAUCUAGAUCAGGAUUUACCAAACAACAUGAUCCAUCAAGUUGCCAUCAAAUCGUUACCUCAGGAAUGGCUCUGGUGUGAAACAUGGUGCAGCAGCGAGACACUGCAAUACGCUAAAACUAUAGAUCUUUGCAACAACCCGUUAACCAAGGAAGCUAAGCUCACCGCUGCUCAACGCAUUGUGCCGGAAUGGAAAGAUUAUGAUUCGGAAAUUAAGCGAUUACAAGCCAAGGUAGACGAGCUCGAGCACGAACAGGGUCAAACUUUACAUUCCGAAGGCCACUCUGCCAUAAGUGAAGAUAUUCAACACACUGAACUUUAAAAGUUCUGUGGUCAGCGGAACUUCCUUAACUGAGGGCAACUGUAGAGUGAUUUAUAUCUUUUAAUUUAAUUGUAAUCUAAAAGUAAUGCUAAACCGAUGUUCUCGUUGCAAGGAAACUUUAUCUGCUGUGAUUUGAUGGUUGCGGUUAGGGGCAGAUUUCGAGCAUAAGUAAUUUUUUUAAGACUGCGCCAUUUAGAGUUCUCUUAGAUUUUCUAGGUAAACGCGUAAAAAACAGUUCAGUUAGCUCAUCCAAGGUCAAUAAAAUGUACAAUAUAUUGUAAGAAAACGUGUUU